AUGUGGUCCCCUGCUCUGUUUCUGUCUCUCCUUCCCCUCGUCUCUGCCCAGCUGUCUGGCACCGUAGGCCCUACGACCACGACUGCAAGCAAGGCGGCCAAGAAGGUCUGCAAUAUCCUCAGCUAUGGCGGUGUCGCCUCAGCCACGACAGACAACUCGGCGGCCAUCGCCUCGGCAUGGGCAGCAUGCGCCACGGGCGGAGAGGUGUACAUCCCCUCCGGAAGCUAUGGCCUCGCCAACUGGGUGACGCUCACGGGAGGUACCAGCGUCUCGAUCAACCUUGAGGGCAUCAUCUACCGCACGGGCACCGCCGGGGGCAACAUGAUCUACAUCGAGCACACGACCGAUUUCGAGUUCUACUCGGCCAACUCGGCGGGCGCUGUGCAGGGUUACGGCUACCAGUUCCUAGAGAACGGCGAGUACGGCCCUCGCAUCCUCCGGCUGUACGAGGUCACCGACUUUUCUGUUCAUGACAUUGCGCUGGUCGACUCCCCGGCCUUCCACCUGACCUUGGAUACCUGUACCAAUGGCGAGAUUUACAACAUGAUCAUCCGCGGUGCGAACGAGGGUGGUCUGGAUGGUGUGGAUGUCUGGGGUGACAACAUCUGGGUGCACGAUGUCGAGGUGACCAACAAAGAUGAAUGUGUAACAGUAAAAUCUCCGGCAUCGAAUAUUCUUGUCGAGAGCAUCUACUGCAAUUGGUCUGGAGGAUGUGCAAUUGGCUCCCUGGGCGCAGACACGGACAUCUAUAACAUCGAGUACAACCACAUCUACAGCCAAAACUGCAACCAAAUGUUUAUGAUCAAGUCGAACGGUGGCUCCGGCACACUCGAGAACUGUCUUUUUGACAACUUUAUGGGACACACCAAUGCCUACACCCUCGACCUCGACGCGGACUGGACAGACGAGACGUUAGCAGCAGGCAACGGCGUGCAGUACACCAACCUGACCUUCAGCCACUGGCACGGCACAAGCGAGAACGGCGCCGAGCGGCCCGUGAUCCGGCUGGUCUGCCCGGCCGAAGUGCCGUGCACGGAGAUUGACAUCGAUGCCUUCUACAUCUGGACCGAGGCCGAGGACUACGAGCUGUACCUGUGCGAGAACGCGUACGGCAGCGGGCCGUGUCUGGCCAGUGGGUCAGACUACACGGCCACGACGACGACGGCCACCGUCACCACCAUGAGCGACUACACGUACACCACGAUGCCGGGCGAGCUGUCGAGCGGGCUGGGGCUGACGACGAGCAUCGCCAUCCCGGCCAUCCCCACGAGCUUCUUCCCUGGGCUGACGCCGACGAGCGCGCUGUGCAGCAAUGGUGGGUGCUAG